CACCACCACAAAGCUUCAGACUCAGAGGGCCAUAUUCUGUUCCUCCUCCUGGACACGUAUCUUCCGCACCCUGUGGACCGUACCCGUCCCCUGCAUCUGAUGGGCAUUACCUUUCCAGCAGGCCAACAAGAGGGCAUUUCAUCCGUGGUAAAAUAUAAAUGAAUCAAGGAUUGGCAGACCAUUGAACAAUGCAGUGUUUUGGAAACUGGAAAGAGCCGUUCACAGAAGCACGCUCACUGCUCAUUUUCUGGUGUUUAUUCAAAUGAAUAAAUGUAAAAGGUGUAGGUCUACUCAUUUUGAGUGGUGAGGACCAACAUCAGGACAUUCACUUUGCUGUUACAUGGUUGUGACUUUGCUUGAGUUUUUCAGAAAUGUUAAAAAACAGUAUCAGAUCCACUUUGUGUGUAAAACCUCUGUCUGACUGAAACUGAAAGUGACCACUAAUCUCACCAAAACCAGCAUUUGACAUAUUUGCUUGAAAAUGAUGAUACUAUUACUAAAAUAGUAAUUAUAUAAUAACAUAACCUGCAAGUACUUUUUUAUAAUCUGCUUGUCAAUUGAAUAAUUUUCUUUGUAUUUGUCUUUUGUUUUUAUUUUAACUGUGUCAUUUUGUAACUGUUUCGUAAUGGUAAAUAAAAAAAGUGUAUUUCAUGGACCAUUGUCACAUAGUUAUAAUAUUUUAUAAUGGUUAAAUUGUUUUCUUUUUUAUAAUUGUGUUUUCUGACUUUCAUAGCUCUCUUUCCAAUUUUAAAUGGUGUGAAAUCAGACAAAAUAUAAAACACUUAUAUAUAAACAUAGGUGUCAAAAAUUAGUAAAGGAGCAUAUGUGGAGCUGAGAUGGGUGGGUAAUACCAAGGCUAAUAGCACCCACCUAUCAAGUUGCCACAGCUUUGCUACAGUUUAAACAAAUGAGCUAUAUGCAAAGACGUACGGAAAUAUAUCUUGCCAGUUGGCAUGAAUUGGUAAAUUACAAUUAACAUAUAUGAAAAACUUUUACCCACUCCAAAGAUUUCAUCUGGGCAGGUCGGAUAGGACAUCUACUCCAUAAGAGACAUCAUUUGUGUUUAAGAAUUGCUAACAGAUAGUACAAUCUAAACAACCACUCAGUUUUAAUGUAAGAGCAUGUAACCUUUUGGUCUCAGCUGUAGAUGAUUGAGACCAAAUCUGCUUUGGGAAACGGCUGUAAAUAAGUUUAUUUAUACUGUGAAUUUGGGCAUUCUGUAGGUGUUGAGUUUGCAGUCCUGGAUAUUGUUGCUCAGUUUCAGCCAAUCUAUUUAAAAACAAAUAAACAAAACAUGAAGGUUACAUAAAUGGCCAAUUUGUAAAUGUGAAGUUUAGCAGUUAUUACUCAAUAACCCAAAUCAUUUGCACUCAUACAACUGUCCCAAUGCCUUUUUUAUAUUCUUAUAAACCUUACCACACAGAGUAGAACUAAAUAAAUAGGCUAUUUGCAGUUUACUCUUAUACAGCACUGUAACAUGAAUUUUAAAUACUCUCAGCCCCACUGUAGCAGCUUCUCCAUAGACCGUAGUACAGUGAUUACUCUGGGAGGCAACCAGCAGAUCAUCCAUCCUUCAGAACCACCGCAUCUUCAAGUCUCACCCUGGAAUUCCACUCCUGUGGAACAUCACGCUGCAGACAACAGUGACCGGGCAGGUGAGGAGUUCUUGAGAUGCAUUGCAGCCAACAAACCUCUCCCAGACUACCUCAAAGGCAACAUGGCAUACAACCUGGUUGAUGCAUUCAAGUCAGCUAAAGUCCUGCAAGAAGGUGUCAAAGCUGACCAUGAGUUCCACAAGCAACUGGCCAGGAGCAAGAGCCGAAGUCGCGGCCGAAGUCGUGGGAGAAGCCGCAGCAGAUCCCGAGCCAAGGACUGUGUGCAGAGUAAAAGUCGAGCACGUACCCGAAGUAGAGGACGAAGCAAAAGUCGUGCUUGUGGGAAGAGUCGAGCUAGAAGCAAAAGCAGGGCCCGUAGUAGGAGCCGGAGCAAGAAGAGUAGUCAUGUACGAAGCAAGAGCAGAGUCAGAAGGUCCAAGUCACGAAGUAGCAGUAGUGAAAAUAACCAUGGUAAAGACAAGAAGAGAAAGAGGAGCCCUGGCUGCAGCAGCAGUGUUAACAGCAGUAAUAAACUGAUAGGGAAUAGCCUGUUGGAAGGACUAAAGUUGGUCAUCAACAGCAAAGAAAUGGAAGAGCGGAUGCCCACUCUCAAAGAUGCCAUCCUCACUAUUCAGGCCUCAGAUGUAAGCAGAAAAUCGGAGCGUGUGUCUGAUGAGGACACACAUCAACAACAUUCAAGUCUGGAGUAUCCAUCAUUACAGGACAAUGACAGCAUGCUGCUUCCCCAUGACAGAGUAGGAAGUGAUUUCUCUUGGCUUCAGGGAAAGAGUCAAGAAGACUCAGUCCAGAAAGUUGAUGAGCUUGAAGAUGAAGAGUCAUUUUUGUAUGGUAAUGAAGCAUCUACCUUGACUGAAGAACACACUCAUCUACAGAAAAUAGUUUGUCCUGCUCUUGGCAGUCAGCAGCAUCACCAGAGAAAUUGCCUGUUGACUAGCUUCAGGGAUGUGCUUUGUCCAAAGCAGCCCUUUCAGAUGGACAGCACAGAGUGUGAGAAAACUAAGGUCAUAUCAAAAACCAUGGGUACAUCAUCAGAGAUCGGUGAGGUCAUGGCAAAUAUGCAGGACCACAAAGCGGGGAAGGAGCUGUCUUCUGCAAUUUUCAGUUCAGACAAAACAACAGCAAACUUUGCAUUGCCAGCACUGAGUAACCCCAAUGUACGCCAAGCUUUGGAGUCUCUGCAGACUCUGAUUAAAGUGACGAAGGAGAAGAGGACAAAAGGUGGCACACCUCAGACAUCAACUGAUAAUCAGAAGGUCUGUGACAAUGAGGAAAGGAAGAGAGAGAAACACAUCAGAAUAACUAAAAUGGAAUCCCUGGCAAAAGAACUGGAGGAAUUGUUAAAACAGGAUGGACUUGGUUUCCUUACUCCGGUGGUUGGGUUUUACUGCCAGAAAUGUGAAGAGUUCAUUGGAGAUUUGAGUUCUGCUGAAGAUCAUGCAGCCGUCCACCACCACAGUAACCCUAGCAGUCAGAAAGUGUAUAUGGACAAGCAUGCUAAAGAAAACAAAGGACACUCACACCAUGGCAGCACCACUGGUCACCAGCAACAACAGCACAAAGAUUACAGGGACUACAGUUACCGUAGAGAAUCAGGAGUCCACGGGAAUAGCAGAGACAGCCAACACAAAUGGAAAGAUGAAAGAGAUCACAGAAGCAAACAUGGCGAUAAUGACCAUAGAAGACACAGGGCAGGGCAGGAAAACAUCUUGAAAGAGGAAAUGAGAAAGGAGAGGAUGCUUAUAACAGUGUCCUGUGGACUGGCACCUCCUCCUUCAACCAUCAAGGUCAAGGAGGAGAGGAGCAAGGAGCAGGCCAUUGGUCAAGGCCAAAUCAAAUUGGAAGAUGUACACAGCAAAGAUAAAUCAUCGAAGGACGGUAGAGAAAUAGACAGCAAAGAAAAAGGUGAAAGCAGUGACAGUAGUGAUGAUGACAAAGGAAAAUUGCCUAAAACAAAGCUGUCUAAAAAGAAAAAGAAGAAGGACAAAAAGAAGAAGAAGAAGGCCAAGGGAGAUAAGCCUUAAAAACAAAUUGAUCCCCUGGCAUGUUGUUAGCAGCUUGCUACAGCCCAGCCUUUAAUAGUUUAUAGUUACUGGAAACCACAUUUUUCUGUUUCCCACGCCAGUGCUAAGCUCUGUUCAAAACAACGGUCUAACAUGUUGGGAGGUGCUCUUGUUUGCUAUCAACCAUAGAGAAGUGUCAGUUUAAUGUGUCCUGUACAGAGAUCAGUGUUUAAGGUUAACUAUACUGUGAACUGGGCAGACACAGAUGCAACUGAUUUAAAUGUUCUAAUUUUGCCUCUGGUAAGUAGGCAUUUAAGUGAAUAUUCAAAAAUGUCGAUGUGGACCUCUUUCCCAAAAGCUACCCACAAAUUAUGAUAUGAUAAUUAAUAUAUAGGUGCAUGACGUGUUUCAAGUUAGCUCAUACAUCAUUGUUUCAUCUGUUAAAUUGUUGAAAAAAGAACCAGUGUGUUUCCUCAUUAAACAUUUAUUAUAUAAGCCACUGGCGCAGUAGAAAUUUGUUUUUUGUAUUUUGAGUUGCUGCUCUUCACUGUCUUUGUGUAUACCUUUUUAACUGGAGUACAAGAUAAUACACACGUUUAUUUCUUGUGGUGACACUGAAGUUAAAAAAAAUGUAUACAGUUUAAUAAAAAGUUAUAGUCAAAUGCUUUGUAUAAUUGAAGUUCUUUUUCUUUUAAUCCAUUUCCAAAAAAGGCGGUAUUUGCCCAUAUUUACAUAUUUAAUUAGUUCUCAAUCCAUGUAUAUUGUGGUGACGAGUCACUGUUCCGAUUCUGUUGUAUUUUUUAUUUUUUUUUUUAAAUGCUCAGGGUUACAUCGUACAUUCAUCUUUAGACCUCUUAACCUUUUGCACAAUUAGUGGGAGAGAAUUCAUUUUAUUUUCAGUUUGAUUAUUUGUCCCUAUCACUCUAGAGUGAUAGGGACAAAUAAUCAAACUGAAAACCAGAGUCUAGACUCAAUCUAGAGUCUAACCCAUAAUGACAAAAUGAAGCUAUUAAUUUUAAGUAGUCUGAAAACUUAAUUAUGAAAUUUUCAAAAACCCAAAUUCUUAUCUAUGAAACUUUUAAGACCUGGUGCCAUCAUCAAUAUCCUUCCAUAAAAGGAUGCUACAAGCAGAUUAUGUCACUGACUUUUGUAAAGCAGAGGAUGCACUUGACAAUGAUUUAAGUUCUGCCCCUUCCCAUCCAUACUGUUGAACAGACGUGAGGUAAAAACUUGUGUUUUCUGAGCCAUGCUUUGCUGCAAACACAAGAAAGGGGAUUGUCUCAGAUCUUUGUCCUCUUAUUUUAUAUGAGGUGAUGAACUGACAUAAAAUAAAUGUGGUCUAUAAGGUUGUUUAAUUACAUAGGGCAGCUAUUGAAACAGGACCUCAAAAGCUACUGGAUAGAACAUAUCUAAGACAAGUUUAUGGCGCAAGAAAAUUAAUUUCAACAUUAGAAAUUCCACAUGUUUAUGUUUGAAAAUAUGUUUCAUUAAAACGAUGUGAAGACAACCCUCAUUGUGGCCUGGUUCUUUAUCUGUGCUGUUAGUCCUGCUAGAGAGAACAAGAGAGUUAGAGAAAGUUUGUAAUGCAGUAAUGAGUAAUGAGGGUUUUAUGUGUGUUGGGGUUUUUAUUGAAAAUUGUUACUAAUCUUCUAGAUGAGCAACACUAUCACGCUUCUUACUAGUGUGUAUAUAUAUCUAUAUAUAUAUACACACCUAUACAAUAUAUAUAUCGUAUAGGUAUAAUAAAUGCAUAUAAGUACUUACUUUAUAUAUGUAUAUAUAUAUAUACACGCAUUAAUACAUGUUUACAUAAUAUAUAUUGUAGUUAUGUACGUAUGCUCACCUUGCACAUGACACAUUUCCAUGUGUAUAUUAUUAUUAUUAUUAUUACUACAUACUGAUGCUGCUGCCAUUAUUAGUACUAUAUACUGUUAUUACUAUUAUACACU